AAAUCGAAUGAUUCUUCCACAGAUUAUGGUGGUGAAUUUAUCGCUUAUUGCAACAGAUUUCUUUCCUCAUCCAGUAAAUGGUCUCCAAAUGCCGCAUCGUCCUCUCUCUCAAUCACAACGAAUACUGAACCAAUCCAGCCUCCCCGGUUAAUGGAGUCAUGUAAAUACGAUGCAAUCACCCCACCGCUUUCUAGCCACUCUCCUACCUGCAAAUUGGCAUGUUUUGAUACUCGGUCAACAGAAGCAACACCUAAACUGCAGGUUCUUCGGUCCUCGUUACCUAGUAAUUCAUCAUAUCUGGGCCACCUUCCUAGCAAUACAUGGAUCCUGCUUGCAGAUUUAAUUAUUUACCACAUUAACUCUGCUCAUCUUGCUCGGAUACCAGCGUUGCUCGCCGACCUUGCCCGAUCUACCACCAGUUCUCUCUCCAUGCUUUCUUCCUCGUCUUCUGAUUCAUACGCUCAAGAAUUUUUGGGCCUGAUUACCAAGGUAUCUUAA